ACAGGAGAGGAAAUGUGUCUCAAGGGGAAAGGGGAGCACACAGCUUGAGGCACAGGAAAGACAAAGGUGGUCAUGAGUGCAGGGGAGAGUGGGGUGUGAGGAGGAUGCUCUCCCAAGCCACUCAGGGGACAGGAAGCCCUGCUCUGCUGCCUGUGCAUGGGCCCUCUGGACACUUCUGCCACAGUCUUGGAGAAACAGGAGCUAAAGCACCACUGCACCUGCCUGCCAUGGCUUUCUUCACCUCCCUCACAGUGCUCCAGACCCCCUCACCCACAGCACUUGGGGUGUCAUGUACUUUUGACACCCUAACUGGUAUUCUUGGACGAUUCCAGGGUUUGCCAUCCUCUUUUUCAGCCCUUGCUUCUCCAAGCACUGUGUUUUUGACUCCACACCACCUCUGCCCGACACUGACUUUGCCUUGCUGCCCUUGCAGCUGAGUUCACCUUGCAUCUCUAACAACUCAGGGAACAUAGGACAUCACUUUGGACAAACCCUGGAGCCAGCAGCAGACUUCUCUGGGAGACAGUGUGUCCUGCUUGCUGCAGAUCCUUUUGUGCAGACAUCAGCCCCUGUAACCCCUGUAAGAGCAUCACGAGGUCACUCAAUGCUUGGCACAGCUGCCCUUACAGACCCAAAGCCUCACAGUGGGACAAACACUUCUUGCUGCUAAACCUCCCUCACAGCUAAUCCCGAUGGCAGGCUCUGAGCCACCUCAGCUGAAGGUCACUUCUCCUCAGAGGAAAAUUCCAGUGUUUUUUGCCGAGCUCAGUGGCCAGGCUGAGGCGGCAGGAGCUGCACAGGAGGUGCCCUGGGCAGCUCUGAGCUGCACCAACAGCACCAUCUCUGGGAUUGCUGCUACAUCUCCAGCUCUUGGGAGCUGUGUUUCAGCAGUGGGAGCUGCUAGAGCACUGCUCUGGUGUCUCUGACCCUCUCAGAGUAAUGUCACCCCAGUAAUGUCACCUGUGGCUGCUUUGCUGGGAGAGCAUGGCUGUGAAAGGGCUGAUGUGGGAAGUAUUUCCUCAUUUCUCCUCCAGCUCUCCAGACUGACACACGAGCAGCUCUGACCCACCAUGCUGCCCUGGCACCCAGAUCUGGUCAGUUCCUUCAGAGUGAAUGCCCAGGUGUCCCUACAUGUCAUGGCUUGGGCAUGGGGCUCACCCAACUCCAGGCACUCUGCCACAAGAUAAUGUGGGGCUUUGCAAAUGACUGUGAUGAAGCUUGUGAACAAGGAUGAAAAUAUCCUGAAUGAGCUGAAAACACCACUGGUAUAGUGCACAACAGUGUGUAAUAACAGUGGAGCUCUUGGCUCUUUCCACCUCAUGGAGCUGCUGCAGGAUCUCGUGUUGGGCACAGUCUGUCACAAUGCUCUUGUUGACUGCACCAGGGUCAGUGUGAAUCCAGGCUGGAGCCUGCUUUUAUCCAGGAAUCUGGAGGAGAACCUCCACAGGAUGCUGCAGGGACCAUCUGGUGCAAACUGCUCUGCCUGGAGCCUGGCAGCCCCCCAUAUCAGGCUCGUGCUCCCAGACACAAGGACAAUUCCCAGCCGGGUGCAAACCCACAGCGUCUCAUGCUCAGACUGCAUUUCUCUCCCACCCACUAAUACAAGUCCUGUGGCUGGAUCAAAUGACUGACCAGACCCAAAUCCAAGACCUUAAACACUUAUUAAAAAUCCCAGUGCCUUUGUUUUUUUGUUUUGGAUGAAUUGCAGUGUUGGUCCCAGGAUCCCAGCCAAGCCCUGAGUCAAUCCUUGCUGCCUCUCCGGGUUGCUCCAGCAGUUUAAUUGGAUGCAGGAGCAGGCAGCUCCCUGGCAGGAUGAUCCUGAGUGCUGCGGCUCACCAGGCUCCUCCAGAUGCCUGGCACUGUGCCCUGUACCCCAAACACCAGCUAUUGAUGCCUUGGCCUGUGGCUUGUCCCCAUAAACACCCUCACACCCUCAGGAAUGGGUGUCCCAGCUGCUCCAGAGAGCAAAACAGGUCUGAACCUCCAGCCCCUCAUCUGCUUCCCAAUCACUGCUUUCACAUCAGCACAUCACUCUAUAGCUGGACACCAGGAUGUUGCCCCAGAUCUUUCCAAGAUGUUAUCUCCCUCUCAGGAUGGUUUUGCCCAGCUGUAUUCCUGGGAUGGAGGCAGGGGAUGGAGCAAACCCUUGUGCCAGCACUGCUGUCCUUCCCACCCCUUAUCUGACACAUGGACCAUCCAACAUGUCCAUUGUCAGCAGCAGAUGAAACAACACUUCCACAAAAUUCCACACAGCAAUUUAAACUGGGAGAUAUCCAUGAAGAUUCCUAGCCUUCAUGACCCAAAGGGACACUUAACAUCAUUGCCUUGUCAUCUGGUGUAAUUCAGUCCAGAAAACCUCACCCAAUAAUUUCAGUGUCAGCUCCAUAAUUUCCACUGGAGCUGUAUCUGGUGUCAAAGCUUUCCAGAGGCAAAGAUUCCAGCUUGGACACUUGGCUUUGAGAGGAACCACACGAAUACAAAAUAUAAUUGACUGCAAAGCCUUUUUUUACUGUAGGACCACAAGUGAUCCCCCAACACCCAGACCAGUCCUGCCCUCAGUGAUGACAAGGACAGCUCCAAAACAAACUGCUGCCUAACUUGCUCCUACCAACAAGAGAUUCAUUCUUCGUGAAUCCCAAGCCUCUGUAUAAACCAGGAAUAAAAAGAACAUCUUAGCAGAACUGUGUUUUUUAAAGCACUUUUACCAAACAUUUCCUGCUAGUGCUGUUCAAAUACUGGUCACUGUGGAGCAGGCAAAACAGCCUGAAGAGGGAAGCGUCUAAAAAUUAAAAAUAAAGUAAAAACAAUCAGACUCCAGUCUCUUUAGUAAACAUUUGGGAGGCAGGCUGAUCUGGUGGGCACUGUGGGGACUCUGAAGACCCUGGGUUUUUCCCAACUGUGCUGCUUAUUUACUGCAUAACUUGGAGCAAGCCACAUCAGCCCUCUGCUCCUUGGGUUUCCCCUGCAUUCAACAACAAUAAAAACACUCAGUGCCCUCCACACUGAACUGCUGCUAAAGGCUGUAAUGAAAAGGCUGGGAUUUGCACCACCAGUACCCAAAGUGGGUUAUACUGGGUGGGACUGGAGCAGAAGGUCAGGGCUGCAGGAGGGCAGAGUUCCUUGGAGGAGACCCUGCCCUGGACCUGUUCAGGGAGGAUCUUCACACUCCUCACCACCCUCUGGCUGUGCCACGCUGGAGGAUGAUGAUGGCAGGGCUUCAACUGCCAAACUAAAGCCUACAGAAACUGAGCUUUGCUGGACACAAUAUUGGCCUCAGGAAAAAAGCAGCAAAUUGACUGUGAAAUAAUAGGGAUUUUCAGACUUCAAAGAGGGCAUAAUGAACAACAGAAAGCAGACUGGCAGCCCAAGAGAAGUGUUCAGGGAUGUCUAAGAGGCCCUUUGAACCCCUCUCAGUGUAACAAGCUGGAUGGAUCUAAUUAUCCCUAAACCCAUGUCGAGUGUCUGUCUUGGAUAUCUCCACCAGGGUCAACCCCAGCCCUUCCCAUCACAGCUAGCUCCAAAUCAUUCUCCACUGAGCAACAACCUUCCCUCACUCAGCUGCUCACUGCCAAGAUCACCCUAUACUCUUCUGUCCCCUGGGGCAUGUAUCUCCUUGCUUUGGAGAUAUCCUGCUAUCCCAAACUGUAUUGGAAUAUUCCUGAACCUCCAGGUCAACUUUGCUGCUGCAAAAAACAACUUCUGAUCCCAUCCAGCCCGUGUCACACCAGGAUCUCAUUUCCUUCCCCAGCAACAGUACCAUCUUUGUGUCAAAAACAUCAGGACACAAACAAACAGGUCUUACAGGACAAAUCUCCAAGGCUACUCUAUUGACAUCUCUCCCCACCACGAGAGCUGCCAGACAGUCCCAGUUUGGAUGGGGCUUAAAACAGAUCCCAAAAAUAUGAGUGCCCAAAGCACCUUCUUUGUGCUGUGGCAUGCAAUGGCUUUGCCUCAGGAGGAGACCAAAAGGACACCCCAGUGUGCCCAGGCUGAGACUGCACUGGGAAUGAAUCUCCUGUUAUUGCCCACUGAGGACAAGCUGGUCUGCAGUUAAAGCAGCCUCUCUUCUCCCCAGGCCAAGCAGAAGCUUUGAGGCUUGGAAAUGUUUCCCCCUUCCAGCCAGCAGUGCAGAAGUGCUGCCCAGUGGCAACCAGCAGACACAUGGACAGUACUGGUGUAUCCACAGUAUGAUAAAAGGUCUUUGCUGUGCAAUUAACUCCAUCCUCCCUAGUGCUGAUGCCAAUGCAUUUGGGAAAAAUGAAAUUAAAAGGAAAAAGUGAGAGGAAAUGUACAAAGUGUCACAUGAAGGUAGAAAACCACUGUUUUGGGGUAUUGGGAUGAUCAAAGCUAUUGGAGAAGGAAACUCAGCAAAAAUCUAGGGGCAAAGGUAAAAUCCCUAUGGAUUUGGAGAGCUCAGCUCCCACCAAACACCUGGCUGGAAGUCCAGAAUCUUGUUGCUUCCAUGAGGUAUUUUAAAUGUUCUCACAGCCUAUUUCCACAGCUACACAAACCACCUCCUCAACAGGUCCUCCCCAAAAACAAGCUAGGGUGGGAUGGGGAGGCCAAGGACAAGCAGAGAUGGUGUCACCACAUGGAGCCCAUUUUCCAUUUUGGGAACAGAGGGAACUAAUGGCUGGGGAGCAUUUGGGAAAGUCAGAAGUCUUGCAUGGAUCAGCUCCACAAGGGAAGAAGGCUCUGCAAACCAGGACUGCCCUGGCCAGAGCAGUGGGAUGCUGGGGAACAUCUGAUGCCCUGCAGGGUGGACAUGGCAGGGCUGGGAGAGGCUGUAAGGGCUGGGUGAGCUCCACAGGAAAGGACAAGAGCCUCAUCCAGCAGCUGCUGGAAUCAGCAGAAGGGAAGGGUGGGUGGAUGACAGUGGGGAGCCAAACUGGCAGCAGAUGAAUGGAGGCCAUGCUACAGCGGAACAAAACCAUCAGAAGGAAGGAGGGUGGACCCACCAUCACCUCCUCCAGCUCAACAACUGCAGUAAUGGGGACCCUUCAAGAAUUUUAAAUAAAAAUAGCAAUUCAGGUGUGGACACAGAGCCCUGCAUGCUACUGCUGGGACAGGAAAGCCUCUGGGACUCCCCUCUGCCCACCCACCACUGCUCCUCCAACUCUGCCUGCAGCGUCCUCUGCUCCUGGGGCACUGCAGAACUUGCACCUUCUCUCACCCUGCUCCCAGCCCAGCACCCAGUGCCAGGGACUCAGCUCCAUAAGAGCUGGGGCACUCCAGGACACCCCCAGAAGCUGCCUGAGCCCCACCCUCAGCCAGAAUGAGGAGCUGUGCACCCCAAGGCCAGCUACACUACUGCCACUCCAAGAAGGUGAUUGCAAGUCUGCACUGUCACAGGAAACCAGAUCUGGAGCCCCUAAAAGCUACAAAAUCAGGCUUAAAAGAGCAAUGGGCUAUUUUAACUAUGGAGCUGACUUGAUAUGCCAGAACUGUUCAUACUUAUUAAAAUUAAGAUAAAACAUAGAAAAUACCAUCUCCAGUAUUGUACCAAACCAGUUCAGACCUGCAACAUCAAAGAAACACCCCAAAUCUAUAUUUAUACUUCUUCAAAAACUGCAUUUAUUUGCUUAGCCCACAAUGCCUCUGGGAGGGAGUCCAGCAUCUGCAAAUCACCAGGAAUGUUUGCAGAACUGUUAAUCAAUUAAGAAGGAGAGGGUGGCAGGAUAAUCCUGCCUCUUCUGCACUGUCCUUGCAGGGCUGGUCCCAGGGGAUGUGUGAGGUAGGAGCUGGCCAGGACCCAGGUGCCCAUGACCACAGCACAGGGACACUGACACUGCUCCAUUGUCACCUGCAGACUGCAAACCACCCACAGGUGGGACCCAGGCAGGCUUCUGAGGAUGGCUGGACAUUUGCUGGCCAGAUGAGGGCUGUAAAACCUGGCAUGGGGAGAGCAGAGCCAUCCAGCAAGCAGCUCAAAACACAAACAGCCAGGAGAGAGGUGCCAGCUGAGCAGAGCCCAAACAGCUCCCACCACAGGAAUGUGCUCACCGAGGCAGGAAAUCAAAAAAUACUGAGGGAAAGAACUUCCUUUUAUCCACCAUUUGUGCCUGGAGAAAUGGAGCUGAGGAGCAGACACCUUUUCCCUCUUGCCACUCCACUGUGGCACCAAUAACAACCUGGCAUCCACCUAAACUCUGCUGCAGGCUCAGGGCUGGUGGGGGACAGCUUCCCACCUCACAGCAGCAGGGUGGCAGCUGUGUCCCAGCAUUUUCACAAGGAAGCUCAGGUCUCACUGGUGCCCACAGCCACAGCACACACAUCCCUGCAGGGACAGAGUCUCUGUCCCCCCAGAUCUGCAAUCUCAGCCACCAAACAUAAAAGGGUAGAAGAUAGUGAAUUUUAUCCUGAGAGGAAGAAAGAAAAGGAGGUUUGAGCAGUUUAACCUUUGAAAAGGGUCUUGUUCCAGAAAUACACAUGGGUAGGAUGUAUUUAUGGAUGGGGUUUGCAAGGCCCUCACCAGCUUUUUGCUCCAACCUGACCCACACUGCCCAAAAUCUCUGCAGAAGCAGUAAGCUGUUAGAUGAUUUUUGUUUUGCAAGGGGAUGGGAAAUCCAAAUACCAGACUCUCAGGGAAGGAGCACAGAUUCAGUCCCCAGAUUCAGUGCCCAGCAGAAACAGGCAGAGUUUUAAAUAUCACCCACCAGUUGCUCUUGUACAGAAUAACAUAACUGCAGGAAUUGUUCAUCAAAUGAUUACAGUGAAAAUUAAAGUGGUUGAACCUGCUCAGAGAGAAAAAAUAAAAUCAAUUGCUAGAUAGAAAAUUAUACUUUAAAGGUGAUUUUUUGUCUUUUCCAAGCAUUCACCCAGCUCCCUGCCUGAGCUUUAUGAGCAGUGCACACUCAGGGGCACUCUGAGAAUCAUGGAACAGCAAACUGAAGAGGCAAAGAAGGAAAACACAGAAGGUUUUGUCUAUCUCCUGUUUCUCUGUCUCAAAGGUCCUGAUCAAAGCACUCAAAGAGCUUCUCCAGAGAGAAAAGCAUGUGCAUGACCACUGUGGUGCCAACUGAACCAGGCAUAAGCCAAAACACCAUCGUUUUGACCAGAGUUUUAAAUCCUACAUUAACCAGGAGAUCCCUCCACAGCAGGCUGGAGCUGCCAGGGUCAGAGCAUCUCUGCAGAGGUGAGAAGCUGGUGGUGCUGAGGUGAGGCUGGCACCUCAGGGCUCACAAACACCGACAGCCUGGCCUGACCUGGUUUGCACCGAGGUCCCACAUUACAUCACUGACGGCCACAAGCUCACAGAAGCACAUUCCCGGCCCAGAGGCUGUUUUCUCCCCCAGCUGAGCCCUGCAGUGCACACCCUGCUCGGCCUGACAGCUGCUGAGCAGAGCAGGCUGCCAGCCGCUUGCAUAACGCGGGCCGGAGCGCUCCUGGCGCCUGCUGACUCCUCCUGCAACAAUGGAAAAACCCAGAAAUCUCCCUGAAUGAGCCAGUCUGUGUCCUAAGUCAGCCCUUGGAUUUCCUCCCUUUCUGGAGCCCGUCUCGCCCCUGCACAGGCUCCGCUGGGGCUCUGCAGCCAGCCCCGAGCUCAACAAGCUCACAGUUAUGUGCUCGAGGCUCAGCUGCUUGCUGCAGCCAGGAACUGGCUGGAAAUCAGUUCAAAAUGUUCCAGUUCCAAACCCCAGCCCACAACCCCUGACUGCUCUCUUCACACUCACACAAGCAGGCACUGGGGCUUUUAACUGCUUUGCUUUAGCCCUCUUUAUUGGGAGAGCAGGGGACAUCUCUGGUGGUGUUAACUCACCUUUGCCACCCUUACCCCAAGGCAGAUGCCACUCCCAGAUCCAGCAGUGAUUUGUUUUGCUUUGCUACCUCUCCAUCCCUUUACCAAUGCCUCAAGAGGCACAGGCAUUGCCACUGGCCUCUACACCACUGCCUGGCAUUUCAUUUCCACCAGCCUAUGUCCCACCACUUCCCUGCAGGUCUGAUGCUGCCCCAUCCCUUGUUGGAAGGCACCAGGUGUCCUGACCAUGACCAUAUUAUCCUCAAUUGUUCAUAAGAAAAGACACAGUAGAAAUUAAGACUGUCUUUGUGCUCCCUUUCUUGGCCAGCUCUUCAAUGCAGCCUGGAUCUGGAAGUGUUCAACCAAAAUUUUGCAUUACAGGAGCAACUGCAGUGCUUUUGGCUUUGGGCAUGACCCCGUAGCACUCUCGCCUUCCCCAAUCCCUGUUUAGGCAAACUCCUCUUGAAUCAGUGAAAAAAGGCACCCCAGCCCCCCACCAGGACCCUUCCUUUCUGAGAAAGGACCAGGUGCUUCUCCCCAAACCACCUGAGGCUGAAUAGAACCCCAGAGCCUCUGGAAGCUCCAGCAGGAGGUGGCUGUGGAGCUCAGCAGUGCUCCCUGCUCUGCUGUUCAACCAGGACAGGUUGUUUUCCCCCCUCCAGAUGAACCUGGGCCCUGCUCAGGGGCUUCUCCACAGAGCAGGUCUGCAUUGGUUCUUCCUGAGUAUUUGCCUCCGAUUUUCCUCCAGAGAUGAAAACUGCCUCUGCACAUUGCUCAGCAGCAGGGCCAGGCAGGGCUGUGGACACUCCUCUGCCUGGUGCCAAGGGGUUAAGCUCACAGUAAGUUCCCAAAGCCAGUUGUUUCCAACUGGCUGCUGCCUGUGGUUUGUGGGAAGGGAUUUUGCUUUUUAAUAACAUUAUAAAUAGGGCUGUGUUCAGUAUGCUGCAAACCCGGUUACUCUCUCUCUCUUUCCCCCACCCAUCACUCUCCUCCUCCCGCUUCUCUUCCCACCACACUUAAUUCCAGAUCUGACCAUGAAUGGGUCAGGCUUCCUCCUCGGUGUCCUCAGCCUGCUGGCAUGCCUUGUCCCCACCAUGCAGGCAUGUCCCCCCAGCUGCCACUGCCACGGCGGCGAGCUGCAGCACGUCAUCUGCGACAACGCGGGGCUGAAGAGGAUCCCCAAGGUGCCUGAGCAGACACGGCUGCUCAACCUGCAGAGGAACAACUUCCCGGUGCUGCCCAGCAACGGCUUCCGAGAGAUGAAGCAGCUGGUGUCCCUGCACCUGCAGGGCUCCCGCAUCAGGGAGAUCUCCAGCGGAGCCUUCCGCGGGCUCCGCAGCCUGGUCUACCUCUACCUCACCGACAACCAGAUCAGCGUCAUCAAGCCAGGGGCCUUCAGCGAUCUCUCUGACCUCACCUACCUGUACCUGGACAAGAACAAGAUCCCAGAUCUUUCCAAAGGGCUCCUCUCCCCUCUUGUCAACCUCUUCAUCCUGCACUUGGGCAGCAAUAAAAUCCGGGAGCUGAAACCAGGGGUCUUCAGUGGGGCUAAAGAUCUGCGCUGGCUCUUCCUCUCUGACAACUCCCUCACCAACCUCCUGCCUGGGGCCAUGGAGGAUGUAGAGAACCUUGCUGUCCUCCACCUGGACAAGAACCAGCUCAGCAGCUACCCUGUGAAUGCAAUGAGUAAGCUGAGAGUGCUGGAGGAGCUGAAGCUUUCUCAUAACCCCAUUGAGGUCAUCCCUGACAACGCCUUCCAGUCCUUCGGGCGAUACCUGCAGACGCUCCACCUGGACAACAUGAAACUCAAGAAGUUUGCAGACAAUGCGUUUGCCGGUGUGACCGUGCUGAAAACCGCCCACCUGGAGAACAACCGGCUCACCCAGCUGCCCAGGAACUUCCCUUUCGACAAAAUGGAGACACUGACCAUCUCCAGAAACCCCUGGCACUGCAGCUGCCAGCUGGCACCUCUGCACAAGUGGCUGAAAGGCAACCGCACCCGCGCAGAGGACUCGUGCUCCACUCCAGCCCAGCUCCGGGGCCAGCCCAUCAGGGACAGCCCUGCCCUCCGUGCCUGCAGGCUGCCCACCAAGAGGUCCAGGAAGGGGAGCCGCCACUGAACGUGCUAGCAGGCUCCAGCAUGGCCCGUCCUGGUGACCGGUCACUUCAACCAUCAGAACUACUGACUUCUGAGUCCUUCCUCGAGCUUCUCCUGCCUUCAGGAAACACUUCUGACCUAUCUGAACACCUGCAGCCUCCUCCAAACCCCUGCUUCUCUGCUGAUCACAAGGAUGGAAUCCAUCUUCUCACUCUUUUCCAACAUCUAUGUAUUUUACAAGAGGCGUUUUUAAAAACCAAACCAUGCAUGACCACACUAAGACAAACCAAGCUAGAUCCUGCCAGUAGAAAACAUCUUUACCAGAAGAAACAAAACCCACACCCCUGAUCAACCAGCUGGGCGCUCUCUGUCCCAUUCCAGAGGAGAGGGAGCAAAUGGGAAGGCAGGAGCAUCCCUCCCCAGCUGCUUGACAAGGAAAACUGGCCCCAAGCCACACAAAGAGACUCCCCUGCCUUCCCACGAGGGGAUCCCUGCAGGCCAGGGCUCAGGGGACAGGUGAAGCAAGAUCUGGUGGCCCUGAGGCAGCAAGCUCCCAAAUUGGCCAGAAAUCCUGUAAGGGAAGCAGUACUGGGAGCCCCCAGACCUGGAGCCAGCUGAAACCUGGAUCCCCUCCCGCUCCGUGGGGUCACCACGAUGCCCAAGAGGGGAAGGUGGGCACGGUGCAGUUGGCUCAGGCACCCCUCCUCUCCUCCCCACCCACACUCCAGAGGAUCUAGCAGGACACCAGGAUGACUGUGGUUUAUUGUCACAGCUGUUACAAUGCCACAGUUGCAAUUCAACUAUGUUUUUUUAAUCCUAAGGAGUUAUAUAAAUAUAUGUCUAUUUAUUCCUCUGUAACAGUGUAAAUGACCUUUAAGAGGGUGAACACUCCUCUGCCUCCUAUAUAGAAAUUGAAUUGUAUAUUUUCUUAUGUACAUCUUCUGUAUAAAGCUCUUGCUGCAAAGAUGAAAUCAACAA